AUGGGGAAAAACAAGAUGAUCGCAAAAAGCUGCCCAAAAUGCGAAUUGCAGGUGGCAGUAGCGUCAAAGUCGUGUAAGUGCGGGCAUACAUUCUUCUCAGCCCGCCGCGGGGCGGACGCCUUGCCCGUUGAGGAUAUUAGAAGGCGAACAGGUAGAGUGAGACGGUCGCAGCCUCAGUUCUACGACUCGCAGCACUAUCAGAAGCAAAAGAAACGGUCGCCAAAGAAGAGAUCUCUAUCUAGCACAAUUGAGAGGGAUUUUAAGAAAGAAAAGGGGGAAAGUGCCACCGCUCGGGCCCGCCGCCGGCGCGCCCUCCGCCGCGCGGCCCGCUCCCCCCCCGCGGCGGAGAGGGCGCGCGACCCCCCGCCGCAGCUGCGCCCCGCCCAGCUGGCGCGGUGCCGGCUCAUCCUGCAGGAGAUCAACAGGAAGAUGCGCGCGGUGACGUGGCGCCCGCCCACCGAGCUC